AUGAUGGUGACGACGAUGGAGAUGUCUGCCAUGCCGAAGAUGGCGCAGAGUGCAGCCAAGUACGCAGAACACCAGCACGGCGAGGGUGAGGGUGGCGAUGAUGAGCAGGUCUCGCCGCGCGCGCUUGAGCCCUUGCUCGUUGCUGCGCGGGGCUGGCUGGUGGCGGUUGCCGCCGUCGUUGACCAGAUGCAACCUGGGCCGGCGGGCUCGCUUCUUGGGCUCAAACGCAAUGGCCGUGAGGAGGACGUGACGCCGCUGCUUGAGCGCCAGCGGUACAUACCGUCAUACAACAUCCCGUAUUUCAAGGACAUCUUCGCCAUCUCCGGAUAUGGCCGUGCCGGGUUCAACUACACCACGGAUCCACGGGCACAGAUCUUUAGGCGCGAUCACGGCAAGGUGUACGACAUUGACAGCAUGUGCAAGCUGAUGAACUCCAACAACUACAAGCGCGAUCCCCUGUCAAAGGGCAAUCCUUGCAACCAGAUUUCAGCCCGCUGUGAUCUCCCCGACGCAUCACUGCCGCACCAGCAAUCCAACGGGCCGUAUGCGUUUGGUGGCAUCGACAGCAAGAACGUCGAUCACUCGCACGUGAAUGCGCAGCGUGUGCGCGCAAUCAGUGGCAUGCCGUACGAGCACGUGCCUGCGUUUGUAUUUGAUGAGCAAUGGAGUGGCGUUGCGCAUCAGGGCAUGCCACACAUGUUCAAGUUCAACUGGACAACCAUGGCGCCGGCGCCAUAA